UUUGCGAACGUUGGUUUUUCUGUGGUUACUUGUGUUGUUUGAACAACCCCUUUUUGCGUGUAUGACAGGUUACUAGGGAAUGUAUCACCCGUUGGCACUUCGUGUGACCUUGGGGCCCUGGUAUGCAUGAUCGAUUUGAAUGGAUCGUCUAGGUCUUAUUCUUUUUAUUAUUUGCCUUCUCUCUUUUCAUUGGUUUCUUUUCUCUUUCUCUCCCUUCAUAUUCCCACUAUUGCCACUCAAUUACUCCAUUCUGACUACCCAUGUAUCAUUUUAUUUGUAUCACAGCAUUUGCAUCGCCCUCAUAUACCGGACCAGAGCCCUUCACAUGAGUCCGUCGACUAUUUCCUUUUUAUAUGUGUACACAAACUCCCAAUGGGAUACCAUUAAAUACAUCAUACUGGGUUAUACUUGUCACUCCUGAGCAGCGAAGUGAAGCUGGUUCACAGUGCAGAUAAUUUCUAGUAGACUGAUCGGG